AUGAGCCAAGAAUACGAUCCUGAAAAAGCAUUUGCUCUGAAUUUCAUCUACCUUCGGGUAGACGGUUUGUGGGUGGCUGGUAUGAAGAAUCCGAUAUUAAGAUUUUACGCAUUUGGCGUUCUAGCCGUCUUCGCAGUGCUGUACUUCGCGUUCGAAGUUGCUUUCGUGGCAGCGAUAUGGGGUGAUGUUCAAGCGAUGGUCGACUGCUCUUUCCUAUUAUUCACGCGCAUCGGGCAAUCGGUAAAGCUCGUGAAUUUUCUAUUCCGACAAAAGCAUCUGGAAAGGAUGUUUUUGCAGCUGAAGGAACCAAUGUUUAUACCGAAGCGACCGAAGCACUUUACUGUCAUGAAGACAGCAAUGACUGGUGUAAGACGUGAUACCAUGAUAUUCUACGUUUUCACCGUCAGUACGAUACUGUGUUGGGCAAUGUUACCGUUAAUCAAUAAAAGUGAGGUCAAGGAAUUGCCUUUAAUGGGGUGGUUUCCUUUUAACGUGACCGUAAGUCCUGCAUACGAGUUCGCGUAUAUCUAUCAAGUAACGUCGGUGCUUCUGAACGCGUGCGUCAACGUAAUGGUGGACACGUUGACUUCGGGUCUGCUGAUUCUCAUGGGUGCUCAAAUAGACAUGCCUAAAGACAAUCUGUUGUCACUGGCAAAUGAUAUUUCCAAGAUGACGCAGGCAGAAAUCGCCUACGUUAAUUCCAUCAAAAUGUAUCGCAGCAAACUUAUGUUUGCGAUAUCCAAUAAGACAGUCGGGAUGGCAGAAUCGAGUCCCAAAUAUGAACUAAAUGACGCGAGCGAAACUGUGAACGUUGCAAACGUUUGUGAGGCAACGGGAUACGAGGAUAUUUUACACGCGCGAAUUCCUGCAAAUAUCGAACAUUUUACAGCUCUUGUCAAAUUUACCAACGACGUGCGUGGCAUAUUUCAAAUUGGUAUCAUGUCCCAGUUUCUGGUCAGCAGCGUUAUUAUAUGCCUGACGUGUUACGAGUUAAGUCUGGUAUCGCCAAACUCCAUGGAAUUCGCCUCUAUGCUACAAUACAUGGUGUGCAUGCUGUUUCAAAUCUUUUGUUACUGCUGGCACGGAAACGAAAUCAUAGAAAAGAGUCCAGCGAACUCCUAUCUGCUCCGUACGAAAGUCACUGGGUACCAAGUUCAAAGAAAUAUAAGCAAUCGAUUCAAAUAAUGAUGACGCAAAUGAAGACGCCACUGAGACUGG